AGAUUAUAUUUGAUCAUCAUGACAUUAACUAUUAAUAUUCUUAUGAGACAAUUGUUCACACGACAGGCAAUUUUCCUUAAUUUUAGGUUUGAACUGUGACUUCUACAUCUGUACAUCUUUUAUAUAUUAAAUCACACUAACACUGGCAGACCAACCACCCUUUGUGUUGUGUCUGUCACAUUUCUGCUAAAUGAAAAAAGCCUCAACACGAACGGAAACAAAAGGCUUACAGGAAGCCCUAUCUAAAGGAAUCUUUUUUUAUCUUUAUUACGUAUUGUUCGUCGGCACAUGCUUUGACACCAUGAAGAUACUUGGUCUGAUGUUUCUCAUCACUGUGAGUGUCCAGCUUCAAUGUGACAGAAGACAAAUCAAGGCAACCAUUGGGGAAGAGUUAACUAUGGCCUGCAGCUAUGACCAAAUGUAUCGGUACAAUAAAAAAUACUGGUGCAGAGGUAGCUCAAGAAGAACCUGUGAUGUUUUAUCGGACUCUGACAAUAUUGUCAAAACAGAAAGCAAACGUUUCCGCAUCCUCCAUUAUAAAAGUAGAAGGCUCUUUGUUGAAAUCAGGGCUCUGCGUUUGGAAGAUACUGGAGUGUACUGGGUUGGCAUUGAAAAACCCUAUGCAGACAUUAUGGUCUCGGUUGACAUGGAGGUCACUGAAGUGCCCGUCUCCAAACCUGACCUUUGGCCCUUGGCCCCUCUGGCACAUACGUGCUGGGGUCGCCCAGUGACAGUGCGCUGUAGUUGCACCCGGGGAAGCAGUGUGGGUUACGCCUGGUAUCAGCACAGCCAGCGGCAGAACACACCACUCCUCAGCCUGGCUGAGUCUGACCUACGUCUGGACUGUGCCAAUGUGGAAGGGGACAGCCAUUUCUACUGUCGGGCCAAUAACACAAUAAGCAGUCAGACAAGUUCUUCUCUCUCUGUGGAGGUUCUGGUGGUGGCAGCGGUCAACUGUAGCUAUGUCAUUCAUAUUCAAGACUACCCUAUGUAUCAGUGUGCUCUACCUACACCUACACCCCCUGUAACCGAUGGUCCCCAAUCUACCCAAAUGACUAGGUCAGAGGUCAUGCACCAGACUAUUAACAUUAUUGGAACAGAUCAACCGAUAGACAGCAGCACAUGGAUGGGAUUCUCAUUGUGGUACACCGUGCUGCGUUGGACUUUGUUAGCCGUCUUGAUGGCAUUCUUGUGCGUGACAAGGAUAGUGCAUAUGAAGUAAUUGUUAUAUGUCACAACUCUGCCUUUAUCGCUACAAUGAUAAGGGUCAGAACAAUAUUCCAAUUAAGCCUCGACGGUGAGCAAGACAACAUCUAUUUAUUAUGUCUGAGUAUUAUGAUUAUCUGAUGUGUGCAAUUUUAAACUGUAAAUAGAUUUCACAAAUUGAAUAGCAACAUCUAUCAAGAUUUUUAACAGAUAUGACAGCCUUUUGCCAGCAAUAAGUGAAGAAUAAAGUUGUUUUGAAUUGGAAUAUAUAAUGUGUAUCGAUGUAUAUAUUGUGGCGACUCCUAGGGGGGUCACGCCGGGGAUUCUGGGGAUCCGUGAUGCCGGUUGGGAAAAAGGGGUUUUAUUGUAUUUUUGUGUUAGGGUUAACGGGUUUGGGGUGUGUCGGUAGAGUGUUUGAGGUGGAGUGUUACUUGUUGUGCGUAGUGUUACCGGUGUGAGUACCAGAUGUGUUCGGCUGCCAGAUCGGCUCGGGGUCCUGCUCUUACAGAUGACGUAUCGACACUUGACGUAUCGACCCAAGCCAACGGACAAAACCCGGAAGGGUUGUUUAUAAACGUGCUCAAUCAGUUCUGGUUUUGAUUUCAUUGAACGGAGCCCGUACUCUCACAAAGCCAUUGGAAACACGUCUAAAAGCACUGAUGAAUGCAUAUUUUUAUUUUCACAUAUGUUAAAGUAAGGAUUGAAAUUGAUAAAGUUAGAUAUUGAGACAGUAUUUUCUAGUUUCUAUUAACUGAAAAUGAAGACCUGGGACAGUCAUAUGAUUGAGACUUUAUUUGCUCAUACAAAACAGAAUAAAUAAGACAAUUGAUACAACUGAGGAACAGCUAAAUGUAAAUCCAUAAAAAACAUGAAUGAAUGUGUUCAUAUUAGAUAUUCAUCCUAUUCCUUGAAAAUUGAUUUUCUUUUCAUGAUGUUCAAUAAAUUGUAUCCUUGCCUAUACAACUAAUAACAAUAAAAAAUGUAACAUUUU